UUCACUACGCUCCUUCUUCUGAUUCAGCUCACAGGAUCCGACCCGAUUACAGUCAAACCGGACCCUACCUUCGCUUGAUCCGAAUUCAGGGACUAAGCAGUUGGAGAGUAGUGAGGAAAAUAAAAAUGCAGCGAAUACCGGCUACAAUUGAGGAACAGUUGUUAUCAAAAGCAAUCAAAGAAGAAUGUCCAUGGGAGAAUCUUCCGAAACGGCUUCAAGCCACAUUAAAUUCCAGAGAAGAUUGGCACAGAAGGAUAAUUGAACAUUGCAUAAAGAAGAGACUCAUGUGGAAUACUUGCUUUGCUCGUAAAGUGUGUAGAGAAGCUGAAUACUAUGAAGAAAUGUUGCGGUAUCUCCGAAGGAACUUGGCGCUUUUUCCAUAUCACCUUGCCGAGUACGUUUGCCGUGUCAUGAGGGUGUCUCCUUUCAGAUACUACUGUGACAUGAUUUUUGAAGUCAUGAAAAAUGAACAACCCUAUGACAGCAUCCCAAAUUUUAGUGCUGCAGAUGCCUUACGGCUUACUGGAAUUGGAAGAAAUGAAUUUAUUGACAUCAUGAACAAGUGCAGAUCUAAGAAAAUUAUGUGGAAGCUAAACAAAUCAAUAGCGAAAGAACUAUUGCCUACACAACCAGUGGACUUUGUUAUUGAGCCAUGGUGGGGAGUUUGUCUUGUCAACUUUACCCUAGAAGAAUUCAAGAAACUGACUGAAGAAGAAACGGCAACAAUAGAUAAAAUCUGCAAGGAAGAAGCAAGCUCUUUCAUUCUUUUCGAUCCUGAAAUUGUAAAGGGGCUUCAUCGACGAGGACUAGUCUAUUUUGAUGUUCCUGUCUAUCCUGAUGAUCGUUUUAAAGUUUCAAGGCUCGAAGGAUUUGUAUCGAACCGAGAGCAGUCCUAUGAAGAUCCAAUUGAGGAGUUGCUGUAUGCUGUUUUUGUGGUUUCAAGUGAGAAUUCAACUGUUGCUGAAUUGGCUGCAACAUUACAGGCCGAUCUUUCUCAACUUCAAGCAGCUGCAUCUUUUGCUUGCCGAUUGGGUUGGGCUGUCAAACUAAUAGACCCAGCAUCUAUUCUGCAAGACCUUAAUGUUCCAGGGUCACCUAAGAGCCUUCUGAGUGACGAGGAAGAUGGUUCUCGUGCCAGCUUGGGCUCGGCAAACGUGUCCGCUGAUGGCAGUCCUUUUCAGCAAGUAGACAUUCCAUGGACAGAAAAUAAUAGCAGGACUUCUGGUUAUGCUCGGGUUGCUUUUCUUGUUGAUGCUAAUAUAACCUCUUAUCUUAUGAUGGGAUCUGUAUCACCAGGUCUAAAAUCCCAUGCGGUGACUUUGUAUGAAGCGGGAAAACUAGGUCAUGCUAGUAUAGCAGAUCUUUGUAAAGAUUUGGGCACACUCGAGGGGACAAAAUUUGAAGGUGAACUGCAAGAGUUUGCCAAUCAUGCGUUUAGCCUUCGGUGCGUCCUGGAAUGUCUAACAUCAGGUGGGGUUCCAGCUGAAGAAAUAGAAAAGACCGGCACUAUGUCUUCAAGAAGUGAGGAUGCUAAUUCAAUGGCAAAGGAUAUUUCAUUGUCUGAAAAAUCAGAAGAUAACCCUAAAGAUAUGUCUGAGCUAAAUGAUGAAGAUUUGCUAAAUUCUGUAACACCCAAAGUGCCUAAGAAUGAAGAAAUUCUAUCAGGAACAAAAUCUGAAGAAACAAAUCAAUCAUACUGGGAGUUAAAACAGGAGAUCAGUUCUGAGACUGAUGAGAAAUCAGUAUCUGCUGACAACUUAGAUGCUGAUAAAGUGGUGAAGAAACAGAUAAAAUACCGCGUGGAUAUACUCCGCUGUGAAAGCUUGGCUGCUCUGUCACCGGCUACUUUAGAUCGUCUGUUUCUGCGUGACUAUGACAUCGUCGUAUCCAUGGUUCCCCUUCCCCCUUCUUCAGUUUUGCCUGGACCAAAAGGCCCCGUUCAUUUUGGACCUCCCUCCCAUUCGUCUAUGACACCCUGGAUGAAAUUGGUGCUAUAUUCUGCUACAGCUUUUGGACCUCUAUCAGUUGUUCUGAUGAAAGGUCACGUGUUAAGAAUGCUUCCUGCGCCAUUAGCUGGCUGUGAGAAAGCACUUCUAUGGUCAUGGGAUGGAUCUUCCAUUGGAGGUUUGGGAGGGAAGCCUGAAGGGAAUUUGGUAAAAGGAAGUAUACUUUUACAUUGUAUAAACUCACUAAUCAAGCAUUCUGCUGUCCUUGUGCUUCCCCUCAGCAGAUAUGAUCUUGAUGAGGCAGGAAAAGUUGUUACUUUGGAUAUUCCCCUGCCCUUGAAGAACUCUGACGGUUCAACAGCUCAAGUAGCAGAGGAACUAGGAUUGUCCUCCAAAGAAACUUCCAAUCUGAAUUCGCUAUUAGCUUGUCUGUCUAACAAACUUAAUUUUUGGACUAUUGGUUUUAUUCGCCUGUUAAGACUUUACAAAGAUAGAGUCCAAGAAAAUAGUGCACCUGAUGAUGAGAAGUAUGAAUGGGUUCCACUAAGUGUAGAAUUUGGUAUUCCACUGUUUAGUCCAAAGUUGUGCAAUAGUAUAUGCAAGAGAUUAGUUUCAUCACAACUACUCCAAACAGAUUUAUUUGGAGAGCACCAUGAUGCAAUGCAAGAGUUAAGAAAGAAAUUGCGAGAUGUUUGUGCUGAGUAUCAGGCCACAGGUCCAACAGCGAAGCUCCUUUACCAGAAAGAGCAGCCAAAGGAAUCAUCCCGGCAUCUUAUGACCUAUGCAAGUGGAAGGUGGAACCCCAUUGUUGAUCCUUCUUCUCCUAUUUCUGGUGUCUCUAGCGAACACCACAGACUAAAACUUGCCCAUCGACAGCGAUCUCGAACAGAAGUUCUGAGUUUUGAUGGCAAUAUUCUGAGAUCAUAUGCUCUGACCCCCGUUUACGAGGCUGCCACCAGGCCGGUUGAGGAAUCUCCCUCAGUAACUACUGCUAAGGUUGAAAAAGAUGAUGCUGAGAAUAAAGAAGAGAUUUAUCCUGGUGUAAACCUUCUAUUUGAUGGAUCUGAGCUGCGUCCAUUUGAGAUAGGUUCUUGUUUGCAGGCUCGUCAACCUGUGUCUUUAAUUGCUGAGGCCUCUGCAACAUCUGCUAUUUUUUCAGUCAAAUAGGGUUAACAAGGGAUAUCUUCAAUGUUUAUGUAAGAAAGAAGUGCUCUAGUGACCAAAUUUUCGAGAGUAUCAUUGGCUACCGGACCGUGCUUUGCUAUUGUCUGUCCUUACAUUGACUUGAUGACAACAUGGGAAGGUAUUGAGAUGGUGCUUUCAAUUUGCGGGGUUGAUGCGGGUAUUAUGGUGAGGAAUUCUGUUAUUUUGUAGAAGAGAAAACCAUGUGUACUCAUAGAUGGAGCUAUGGUCACAAAUUAGUCAAGCAACAAAGAGCUGUCGAUUCCAAUAUUGCACAUAAGAAAAGAAUGAAAUGAAAGGUGAAAAAAUCAAACAGUUGUAUAAUGUAUACUAUGAAAUUAAGGCUUUUGCAUAAUGAGGAACUAAACGAAGAUGUUGCUGAUGUGCCACAUUUAUUUCCUUGUGUAUCUACUGCUAUCUGAACAUCUCAUCAGCUGAGCAUUGAUGUUUAAGGCUCCAUUUUUAUUCAAAGGAGCUCGGAGAAACUAAGUUUUGAACAUUUGAUAUGGUGUAAUUAAGAAAAAAAAGUUAAACAUUCAAGGAUUGUCAAACGAAGUUGCGAUUGCAAAUAUUUUGCGUUUUGCCUUUUGGUUUUAUGGAAAACAAUGUGUAAAUGGUUUUGAGAGAAAUUUUUGUGGAUGAAUUGUGGUAUUUAGUUUUAUGGAAAAGAAAACAAUUAUUGUCUGAA